CGGAAAAAUUGCUCCUCACUUUAAAGCGCGUUUUAGGUAUUUUCGUUUUCUCAUCUCACCUGUAAAGAUAAAUUUGUUAUUCUGAAAUUAUGGCAAGGCCAAAGUAAAAAUCUACUACAUUGGCUAUAAGAUUUUAGUGUUGGCAAUGCCGUACAAGUAAGAAGUAAACAAAACCAGCUGAUAAUUGAAAUUAAUUUGCAAUGGAAAACUCACAAUUAAAAAGAAAACGAGGUAAAAAUUUUACUUCUCAGGAGGAAGUUGUGUUAGUGGAGUUGGUCGAUGACCAAAGAGAUGUAAUUGAAAGCAAAAAAUCAGAUGCGGUAACUUGGAAACAAAAGGAGGAGGCCUGGAAAAAGUUGGCGGAGCGCUUUACUGCAAGGAUUGGUGUCCAACGAGAGUGGAAGACUCUAAGGGACAAGUUCGAGAGCUUAAAACGAAAAUCCAAAGCCGAAAUGGCCUCAGAAAAAUGCGAGCUAUAUCGCACAGGUGGUGGUUCGGCGGCUGUAAGGAGCAACAGCGUAAUAACGCAAAAAGUUGCUACCAUUUUGGGGGAGUCAGCCACUGGAAUGGAAAAUGCAUUUGAUGGUGAUGCAAUUGAUAUUAGUACUCCGGAAAAAUCCAAAGUGCACCAUGAAGAACCAAAUAAUUCCGACGAUCUAAACCAGGCAAGUACACAUAUAUAUCGUCGUUUAAAGUAA